GAGCAGUUACAAAAAUGCAAAAAGCUCGAGCAGUCACUCAAUUCGACGGCUCCCGCGGUCACUCAAUCCCACGGCUCGCGCAGUUUCGCAAUUCGACAGCUCGCUGAGUUACUUGGUCAGAUAGCUUGUGCAAAUACUCAAGGAGACAGCAUAAUCAGACAGUCAACUACGACAACGAUUCAACAGCAGAGAAGCAAUAAUACGACAGUUCAAUAG